AUGCACACCCUGAACCCGGUCGCCUCGUCGACCCUGUCGCUGCCUACUGAUAAUUACAUCUAUACACUGACUCCCUCGGCCCCAGGUACUUUCGCAGCCAUCUCAUCCGAUGACUCCCUGCGCCUGUUUGACGCUGGCCUGAAUGCCUCUGUGCUAUCCUCCGCCGCGCACGUCGGCGUGACUUCGCUAGCCAGGUUCGGAGACUCCCUACUGGCCACGGGAGGACGAGAUGGAAAGGUGAAGGUGUGGGAUGUCCGGGCUGGGAAGUCUGUGGUGGAGAUGCAGACGGCGAAGCAGGCACCUGUUCUCUCGGUGGCCUGCUCUCCCGAGACGAAUACCAUCGUUGCAGGCACAGAGUUGGUCUCUUCCCAGGCCGUCGUGGCCUUCUGGGACAUACGAUCCCCAGAAUCCUUCAAGCUGCAAUACGUGGAAAGUCACAACGACGACAUCACAGAGCUCCAAUAUCACCCGACCCGCAGCAACAUUCUCCUUUCUGGCAGCACGGACGGACUAGCCAACAUCUAUGACACGACAGUCAUUGAUGAAGACGAAGCUCUGGUCCAGGUAAUCAACCACGGGUCCAUCCACCAUGCCGGAUUCCUGUCAGACCGCGCCAUCUUCGCCCUGAGUCACGAUGAGCUGUUCUCCGUGCACCCAGCUACAGACCCGGACGAUGCAACAGAGGAGCCUGAGCCCGUGCAGUUUGGCGAUCUGCGUGACCCGCUGGGCUGUGAGUACAUUGCGCAGCUUUGUCUCGGGGCUCAACCGUACAUUGCUGCUGGUAAUAAGAUGGAACAACGGCUUGAUUUGGUUCCUCUUGUUUCUGGGCCUUGGUCGCUGGAUCGAGAGAAUCUGUGGCGUUUGCCUGGGGCUCAUGGGGAAGAGGUUGUUCGGUCUGUUUAUUUGGAUGAGCAGAGCUCAUCUGUCUUCACCUGUGGUGAGGAUGGCUAUGUGCGGGUAUGGAAGCCCGAGGGGGAGGUUACCCAGUCUGAAUCCAAGUCGAAGGCUCGGCCGAAGGAGAAGAAGAAGGAUCGAUACAGACCGUAUUGA